AUGGGCUGCGUUAUUUCUUGUGGAAUUAAGCUCGUCCUGCAAAUCGCCAACACCAUUCUUUUCUUUGCCUUCCUUGCAGUCGCCAUAUUCGGUAUCCUGUUGAAAGCUUCGAAAUCAGUUGUCGAGUCAAUAGUAAAAAGAAUAAUAAAGGAUCGUCUUGAUGAUGAUCAAGCAGCCAGAAUUGCAGAGUUUUUUAUUAAAAACGCAGAUGCCGUCAGUAUUGUACUAAUCGUUGUUGGGUUAGCACUAGCUGCAAUUUGUCUUAUCGGAUGCAUCGCCUCUUGUUGUGGUUGUAAUAUACUACUAAAGAUAUAUGCCAUAAUCUUGAUACUUCUUGUAGUCGCACAGGUUGCUGUGAUAAUAUAUUUCCUCACAGAUCGUAAUCAUAUCUCCAGUUUUAUCGUCAAAGCAAUGAAUUCUUCUUUGGCUUUCUAUGGUGAGAACGAUGAAAAAGGCAAAGUAUCUACUGCUAUAUGGGAUCUUACUAUGAAUUUCGAUCAAAACUCUCUGUGCUGUGGAAUGCAAGGCUACAGCGAUUUUGGCAAGGGUUCAAACUUACCUAACGCUUGCUGUAAAAGCGGACAAGGCAGUUGUACUGAAACUCAAGCAGGAAAAGAUCAAGUUGAAGGCUGCGAAAGUAAAAUAGUCGAAUUCACCUAUAAAAAUAUGAAGAUUAUUAUCUAUGUUUGGAUAUGUGCCAUAGUCCUACAGCUCGUGCCCAUUGUGCUAACCUUCCUAGCAAUUUGCCUAUAG